UGAUAUUAUAAUUGAAGGUCGACUGAACAUGAAUUAUAUUAUACAAUUUAAAGCGCAUUUCUGUUUAUGCACGUGAACCCGUCUAACGUUAUUUUCGCAGUUAUAUAAAGUAGCAAAUUAUCGUUCCUGAAUAGGUGGCGCCGUGGUAGCGGAUCCUGUUCCUCUUCUUCCGGUUUCUGCACUGUGCAACUAUUUCAGUUAUAUUUUUAAUUAACGAUGCCAAGUACUUGUUGUUGUGUACCUGGAUGUCAUUUAAGAGGAGGACAUGCAUUUCCAAAUGACUUAAAAAGAAGGAAAAGUUGGAUCAACGCCAUGGCCCAUACGCAGAUUGGACGAGAACACGAUGAUAUCGUGGAGUCCAUCUCAAUCAGCUGUUGUUUGCAAGGCACGUUUUACUGAAAAAGACUACGUGCAGGAAACUAUUCAUGGGCGCAAACCCACCAUACAGAGACUUAAAUCUACUGCAAUUCCCAGCCUAUUUUCCUGGACCAAGCAAGAGACUGAAUCGUCCGCAAAAAGAAAAAUCAGGGCAGUUUUCUGUGAAAACAAAAGAACUAAACUUGAUGAAUAUUGUAGUAGAAAUCUAGAGGAAAGUUUUGAUUGUAAAGUUGGUUUUCCUGAAGAAGUCAUUCAUACUGCAGAAAGGAUUUAUGACUGUCCACCACCAACUGCCGAGCUAAUGUUGAGCUUCACAGAUGGAAUUACGCAAACACCAUCAAUGACUAUGUUUUCAGCAGAGAAUUUUGAAAUGAAGACACGUGACACAGCCAUGCAUUUUUAUACCGGUUUAGAGUUGUAUACUAAAUUUUUAUUUGUUUUGACCACACUUGGUCCAGCAGCACAUUGUUUGAGAUACAUAUAUUUUCAAAUUGAUAGGGUGUCAGUUGAAAAUCAGUUUUUCUAUGACUUUGAUGAAAUUGAGGCAUCAUACAACCAACUUUGAACUGUCUAGAUUCUAGAUUGAAUCUAGUGUUAAGAAUAUUGUGUAUACAUGGAUUAUUUUUAUGUCUUAACAGUGGUGUGAGGCUAACACUUGGCCAUCUAGUGGUUUAGUCAGGUAUUUUGCACCAUCCAACUUCAAAUUAAAGUUUCCUACGACUUGGAUUAUUAUUGACAGCACAGAAUAUCCCGUGAUAAAACCUAAAGCUCCUAGAGCUCAGGCAACCUUUUCAUCAAAUAAAAACAGAAACACUGAAAAUUCUUGAAUGUUCGACACCUGGUGGUUUAGUCAACUAUCUAUGUCUCUAUGUCACAUAGAGCGAAUUAUUGGACUUGGCAAAACAUACAAAAUUCUAAUAAAUCCUAUGAAUGAAACUGAAACAAAACUUUCAUCUGAAAUAACAUUUAGUUGUUGUAUGUUGUGUAAUUUUAGAACUUGUAUUGUGCCAAAGGAUGCAUAAAUAAAAGUGACGCAAUGAA